AUCCACACACCACACUUAAAUUCCAAACAAUUCCCUCUUUAACUUUCUUUUCUUCUACUCCUUCCACUUCUCCCUUUUUGCACCUUUUUCUUCUUGCUCCCUCUCCCUACCCCCUUUGUUAUGUCUAUACUUCCCUUUACUCAACUCUCUCUCCCUUUCUCUCACCUAAUAUCUCUCCCUAUCAUCACCCCCACCUCCACAAAAGAAAAAAAAAGGGAUUGUACUCCUCAAAAUUGGUAUAUAGUAACUCUAUAUACACAAAAUCAUGUGCUUUCAAGAAUGUCACAAUGGUUCGUUUGUUUGGCAUGCCAUGGUUUGUUGAGAAAAUUUUGAACUAGAGAAGAAGAUGAAGGAAGUUAGAAAUAUUAGGACAAUGAGUACGAGGAUUCUCAGGAGUUUUUACAUAUUCAUUCAACUCGGUUGUCUUUUUAUCUAUUCAGGUUCAAAUGCUACACACAUAGGAUUAGUAGAACAGAAUUCUAAGACCAUUUCCAGCAGCCAAAAGGACAUAACAACUCCAAUAACAACAGUACCAACUGGAACUCCUAUCACCAUUACAACAACACCAGUACUGAAUCCAACAAUCUCAGAUCCUGAUUCAACAACUAGCGGUCCAACCAAUCCGGUAAUGACAGCAGGAUCUUCAUCAUCGGGCUCGAGCUGGUGUGUUGCUAGCCAAGCUGCCUCACAAACAGCGUUGCAAGUUGCAUUAGACUAUGCUUGUGGCUAUGGUGGUUCUGAUUGUUCUGCCAUUCAGCCUGGUGGCAGCUGCUACAACCCCAACACGCUCCGCGGUCACGCUUCCUUUGCAUUCAAUAGUUACUAUCAGAAAAAUCCAAUUCCUAAUAGCUGCAAUUUUGCUGGUGCUGCUGUUACUACAAACACCGAUCCCAGUAGUGGUUCAUGUCAAUAUCCAUCAACAAGCACAAGUGCAUCCAUUUUGAAUACAACAAAUUCAAGUGGUUCGACAGUAUUUGGUGCUGGGCCUAUUACACCAUCUACUUCAGCAGCUGUCCCUCCAAAUAAGUUCCUGCAUUAUUACUGCUACAUCUUAACAUGUCUUAUGAUAUAUAUUGCUAAUAUAAAGCCAAUUUUAUUUCUUGGCAAAUGUAGAGGAGACUAGCUUUUUUGACAGGAUUAUACAUUAUUCAGAUUGGGAAAA